GUGCAGGAUCCGAGCCCCCGCGAGAUAGGAGUCCAUCGUGCCAAUCCAUUGCCUGGUUGCGGCUUACCUCUUCACUUGGCUUGAGAUCAUAGCCACGAUGCUGAAAAGGAUGACAAGGCUUGUCUCCAGGGCCCAGCAGUUGGACCCUGGACGUUUUUUGCACGGGGAGCCCCAGGCCCCCCAAAGCCUUGCUGCUCACCUGGAUAACCAGGUUCCAGAUGAGAGCCCCAGAGCCACUUCCUGCACCAGUGAGGAUGACCCGGCCAGGCACGGGGAGCAGCAUGAGGGCCGGCACUACCGCAUCCCCCUGCAGGACCUCAGGACGGUCUUCCCCCACGGCCUGCCUCCACGCUUCGGCAUGCAGGUGAGGACAUUCAACGAAGCUUGCCUGAUGGUGAGGAAGCCAGCCCUAGAGCUUCUAUGUUACCUGAAAAACACCAAUUUUGCUCACCCAGCCGUGCGGUAUGUUCUCUAUGGGGAGACGGGGACAGGAAAAACCCUCAGUCUUUGCCAUGUUAUUCAUUUCUGUGCAAAACAGGACUGGCUGAUUCUGCACAUUCCAGAUGCUCACCUUUGGGUGAAGAACUGCCGGGGUCUCCUGCAGUCGGCCUACAACAAGCAGCGUUUUGAUCAACCUGUAGAGGCUUCGAGCUGGCUAAAGAACUUCAAAACUGCGAAUGAGCGUUUCUUGAGUCAGAUAAAAGUUGAGGAGAAGUACGUCUGGAAUAAGCGAGAAAGCACUGAGAAGGGCCGUCCUCUGGGAGAAGUGGUUGAACAGGGCCUGACGCGGGGGAAGAAUGCCACAGAUGCCGUCGGGAUCGUUCUCAAAGAGCUCAAGAGUCAGAGUGGUUCGGGUGCCUUCCGCCUCCUGGUGGCGGUGGAUGGCGUCAACGCUCUCUGGGGAAGGACCACGCUGAAGAGAGAAGAUAAGAGCCCGAUGGCCCCUGAGGAGCUGGCGCUCGUGCGCGGCCUGAGGAAGAUGGUGAGGAACGACUGGCACGGAGGCGCCAUUGUGUUGACGCUGAGCCAGACUGGGUCCCUCUUUAAACCGCGGAAGGCCUAUCUGCCCCAGGAGCUGCUGGGAAAGGAAGGAUUUGAUGCCUUGGAUCCCUUUAUUCCCAUCCUGGUCUCCAACUACAGCCCAAAGGAGUUUGAAAGCUGCGUUCAGUAUUAUUUGGAGAACAGCUGGCUUCAACAUGAGAAAGCUCAGACGGAAGAAGGGAAGAAGGAGCUGCUGUUCCUGAGUAACGCAAACCCCGGGCAGCUGGAGCGGCUCUGCGCCUACCUUUAAGCUGCGGUCACGGCCUGCCUGGAAGACAGGGGCCAUUUCCUGUCCCGGACCCAGUCAGACGGGACGUGGCCAGGACAAGUCAGCUCCCAGCCUUUGGUGAAGACUGACGGUAGUGGCCUGUCUUCUUGUUCCUGAA